CUCUCUGCGUCAAGUUCAAUUCACCAUCUCAAUUCUCAACCUUAUUGCUUUGCAUAGAUUUUGGCAAAUGUCUGACACCCUCCAUUAGUUAUAGCGCAUGCCACUAGAAAACACCAUUGCUGUUCCUUCACAGAUAUAUCGGAGCUCGUACUUGAUUCUUCUUACAAACAGACAAACAUCACGUCUCUUCUCUCUCUAUUAUCUCUCUCAUCCAUCAAAGCAGAUUAAACGCUCUAGCUACUUAACCUCUUCAAUCUCUCAUUUUUUGCAUUCAUAAGCUUCAUUCCCUCUGGUGCUGAAACUUUGCUCAAUCACUUGAAUGGGAAAGAAAAGUGGUAGUACUUCAUGGUUGACUAUAGUCAAAAGAGCCUUCUGGUCUCCGUCUAAGGAUCAUGACCAAAAGAGCAGCCGAAGAAGAGAAGACCAUGAACCAGAAGAGGAGGAAAAGAAGAGAGAGAAGAGAAGAUGGCUAUUCCGAAAGCCUACUACACAUGUUCAACAAUGUGAAGCAACAAAGACAGAAACAACCAUAGCUGUGACUCCUGUUUUGGCUGCUGACCAAAAACAUGCAAUUGCUGUGGCCGUAGCCACUGCAGCUGCGGCCGAAGCAGCUGUUGCAACUGCCCAAGCGGCAGUAGAAAUUGUUCGUCUCACUAGGCCGAACAAUUUUGUCAAAGAGCAUUAUGCUGCUACACUCAUUCAAACAGCUUUCAGAGGUUACUUAGCGAGGAGAGCUCUGCGUGCGCUUAAGGGGCUUGUAAAGCUCCAAGCUUUAGUGAGAGGUCACAAUGUUCGAAAGCAAGCAAAGUUGACACUGAAGUGCAUGCAAGCUCUGGUUCGAGUUCAAGAUCAGGUUCGGAACGAAAGAGCCAGGCUUUCGCAUGAAGGAGGCAGAAACUCCAUGUUUUCCGAAACAGACAUGAGCCUAUGGGAGUGCAGAUACCUUCAAGACAUUCGCGACAGAAAGUCGAUUUCUAGAGAGAAAGUGAGUGAAGGAGUUGACCAAUUCUUGUUGCAAAAUCGAAAGGAAGCUUCUUUAAAACGUGAAAAAGCACUUGCUUAUGCUUUUUCUCACCAGAUAUGGAGGCCUAGAAGACACCCAUCUGUAGGGGACGAAGCAGAGCUAGAAGAGAGAACAAAAUGGCUUGAUCGGUGGAUGGCUACAAAAAAUUGGGAAAAUUACAGAGCUUCAACCGACAAAAGAGACUCCAUAAAAACUGUUGAAAUGGACACUUCUAGGCCUUACGUUUCAUCCCAACACCAAAAACAGCCAAACCCAAAUGCUGCAAUGGCUUCACCUUUGCACAAAUCACAUUACAAUAACAUGAACAUCUCUCCCAGCCACUCACCUGCAACACCCUCUCCUUCAAAACCCAGAUCGCUAAACGUGCGUUCAGCUAGUCCAAGAUGCUCUUCAGCAGCACACACACCAAACUUGGGCUCUGCUUACUGUUUCAGGGGUGGUAUGUGUAGAUAUGGAGUGGGCUCAAAUGGGGUUACUAAUAAUGUCAUUGGUUCAGCGCCUAAUUACAUGGCUGCAACCGAGUCUGCAAAGGCCAAGGCUCGAUCUCUAAGUGCACCACGGUCAAGGCCAUCGACACCAGAUAGAGACCGGGUUGGUUCAGCCAAGAAACGGCUUUCGUACCCGGCCCCUGAGUCACAUAGCUUGAGAAGUCCUAGCUUCAAGAGUGUGCAAAAUGGGUACUAUGGAAGGGACUCAAGGGAGAACUUGUCUACUUACACUGAUAGCCUAGGGGGAGAAAUUUCUCCAUGUUCAACCACUGACUUAAGGUGGUUACAACAAUGACGGAAAUGAAAAUGAUGACGGAAAUGAAAAUGAUGAUCAGUGUGAAUCUAGUUCUCUGUAGGAAUUACUCCAUGCAAUUAAUACUUGUUUCUUUUGAACCAUAAGAACCUAAUCUUUGAGUGCAGGAUUCUUGUUUUAGCUAGGACAAUUGGGUUGGGCCAUACUGCCAUAGUUCAACUUCUACCUGCCUCUGGUGGCUUGAGUACUUGAGGAUUCACCAAAAUCUUGUUGCCCCUUCUUGUCACAUGAUGUGGUUUUUUCUUUUAAGUUUUUAUGGUUCUGUUAUUUAUACCUCAUACCUCAUGAUUCAUGCUUCAUGAUACAUUGCUAAAC